AUGUGUAAUCAAGCUGAAUCUUCCGACUCAAAGGGGACGAAGAGGGACUUCAGUACGGCGAUUCUGGAGCGAAAGAAGGCACCGAAUCGGCUCGUCGUCGACGAGGCAACUAAUGAUGACAACUCGGUGGUCUCGCUCCAUCCUGAGACAAUGGAGAAGCUCCUUGUAUUCCGUGGCGAUACGAUCUUGAUCAAGGGGUUUUCAUUGAGGGGAUUUAUCCAUAGGUGUUUGGUGGGGCUCUUAUCUGGUGGGUUGUGGAUCGGUGAAGGAAAGUGGCGAGGGUUUGCUGAAUUGGUUAUGCCUGAGUAG